CCGUGGCACCUCUGUACACGAAUAACAAAGCACCGCAAUAGCCUACGUUGAAAAGUGCAGUUACACACGCGGGGUGUUUUCACAACUCAUUGUAAAAGGUGACUAACUGACUAGCCGGCUAUAGUGGUUUGCGUGAGCGAUGUGGAUACGUAGUAAAACAAUGUUUUUUUUGUGUGUGGCAGUAGUUCCGCGCUGCCUGCUCGCGUCUGUAACUUUAAGAAUGUAAGGUAGGAGAAGACCCCAACUGACGCACGCCCGGUAUGCAAACACAAAUUUAGCAACAACGUGUCUCUCCUUGCUGCGUUACAAAAACGGCGGAACCAGAUAUGAGGAGUCCUGUUGACAUCCACGACGCGCUGCCAACUGCAGCCACACGGACCUGACUGACUGACACCAAACACGGGGAAGACAAGGAGCAAGAAAGGAAGAGAAGGGAGGAGGGAAGAGAAGAAAGAUAGACAUAAGAGAAGAGAAACAAAAGUGCACGCCUCUGUUAUUUCUCUCGGAUCCGCGUGCAUUCACUGUACAUCAGCAAGCCGUUGCAGUCGCUCUGUCAGGAUCAAGCGCGAGGACAGACGGCCAACCGACACAACUGUCUGCAUGCGCACGGAACAUGACCAGGAGCGCGGUAUUUGUCAUCCUCGGACUCGCCUUUAUCAGUCUCGUGGUGCAGGUGAGCGGUAGCCAUGGCGAGGCCGUCUUCAUCCGGGAGUUUACACUCAGUCGCCUUGAUAACCUGCCUGAGGACCACACUUACCAGGAGGCCACAGCCAUUCACAAGCCGGAAGACCCUAGUUCUCGUACGGCGCGGUCUGAGGAGGAUCGUGAUACGUUAUGGGAUGCCUGGGGCUCCUGGAGCGAGUGCUCGCGCACCUGUGGAGGAGGAGCCAGUUACUCACUAAGACGAUGCCUCAGCUCCAAGACGUGUGAAGGGCAGAACAUCAAGUACCGUACCUGCAGCAAUGUUGACUGUCCUCCAGAGUCAGGUGACUUCCGUUCCCAGCAGUGCUCCGCCCAUGCGGACGUGCGCCACCAGGGCCAGUUCCACGAGUGGUUACCCGUCGACAACGACCCCGAGAACCCCUGCGCCCUCAAAUGCCGGGCCCGCGCCUCGGGCCACACGGUCGAACUGGCACCCAAAGUGCUGGAUGGGACACGCUGCUAUACUGAGUCACUCGACAUGUGCAUCAGCGGAGUGUGUCAGAUUGUAGGCUGUGACCUUGAGCUGGGAAGCACGGCUAAAGAGGACAACUGUGGUGUGUGCAAUGGAGACGGCUCCUCCUGCCGCCUGGUACGAGGACACUACAAAUCCCAGCAUGCAUCUGGAAAAGCUGAAGACACCGUGGUGACUGUCCCUUUUGGAAGCCGGCAUGUACGACUGGUUUUGAAAGGCCCGGAUCAUUUGUUCCUGGAGAGUAAGACCCUGGCGGGUGUGAAGGGGCAGUUGUCUCUGGAGGCCACACGUCACUAUGUGCUGGAGAACACCACCGUGGACUUCCAGAAGCUCACCGACAAGGAGGUGCUGAGGAUCACCGGACCACUCGGUGCAGACUUCACUGUUAAGGCUCAGUACGCUAGUGGUCCUGAUAGUGUGGUGCAGUAUAUCUUCUACCAGCCCAUAGUGCACCGCUGGAGAGAGACGGACUUCUUCCCCUGCUCAGUCACCUGUGGAGGAGGUUAUCAGCUGACCUCUGCGGAGUGUUUUGACCUACGCAGCCGCCGUGUGGUAGUGGACCAGUACUGCCACUACUACCCAGAGAACAUCAAGCCCAAACCCAAACUACAGGAAUGCAACAUGGACCCCUGCCCUGCCAGUGAUGGCUAUAAGCAGAUCAUGCCAUAUGAUAUCUACCAUCCACUGCCACGGUGGGAGAGCAGCCCCUGGACGGCCUGUUCCACGUCGUGCGGCGGGGGUGUGCAGAGCCGCUCGGUGGCGUGUGUGGAGGAGGACAUCCAGGGCGUUGUGGUGCCGUCUGAGGAGUGGAAAUGCCUCUACACCCCCAAGAGCCCCAUAGUGCAACCUUGCAACACACACGACUGCCCUACCUGGCUUGCACAAGAGUGGUCACCAUGCACGGUGACGUGUGGCCAGGGUCUGCGGUAUCGCGUGGUGUUGUGUAUCGACCAUCGAGGGCUUCACGCAGGAGGAUGCAACCCCACCACCAAACCCCACAUCAAGGAGGAGUGCCUGGUCACUGUGCCCUGCUACAAGCCUAUUGAGAAGUUGCCAGUGGAGGCGAAGGCUCCGUGGUUUAAACAGGCCCAGGAGCUAGACGAGGAGACAGCGGUGUCUGAGGAACCCACGUUCAUCCCCAGUCCAUGGGGUCCCUGCAGUCGUUCAUGUGGUGCGGGUACCCAGAGGAGAGUGGUGCGAUGUCAGGUGCUGCUCUCCUUCUCCCAGGCUGUGGCUGACCUCCCCGAUGACGAGUGUGAGGGGUCGCGACCUCACGACACACAGCCCUGCUUCCUCGCACCCUGCCCCGGACGGAAGGAUGGAGAGGAGGAGGAGGAGGAGGAGGAGGAGGAGGAGGAGAGGAAAAGAGAGAGGGAGGAGGAGCAGAAAGAGGAGUUGCACGACUGGGAGUAUGAUGGGUUUACAGAGUGCUCCGAGACAUGCGGAGGAGGUAUGCAGGAGGCGGUGGUGAUCUGUCUGAAUAAGCAGACGAGGGAGGCAUCGGAUGAGGAGAUGUGUGUUGCCACACGGAGACCGCCACAACUGGUACAGCGCUGUAACACGCAACCAUGCCCACCCAGGUGGGAGACCAGUUCCUGGAGUUCCUGUUCGGCUACGUGUGGCGUGGGCCUUCGCACGCGUUCAGUCGCCUGCACCCUCCACACACACACGCGCACCUCCAAUCACACACACUCACACUCACACUCUGACACACACUCAACCACAGACUCACACACAACACACUCGCGCACCCUGAGGGAUGAGGAGUGUCGGCCCCCCAAGCCGACCCCCCUUCAGGCCUGCAACCGCUUCGACUGCCCCCCCACAUGGGUCACCCAGGACUGGGGACAGUGCUCCCGUACCUGUGGUGGUGGCGCCCAGAAGCGGGAGGUGCUGUGCAAGCAACGAUUGGCUGAUGGCAGUGUUCUAGAACUGCCCGAAACCUUCUGCCCCUCUCCCACCCCUCCCAGUCUGCAGGCCUGUUCUAGAAUAGCCUGCCCACCCCAAUGGAGACCCACAGACUGGUCACAGUGCUCUGCCACGUGUGGUGAGGGUACCCAGAGGCAGCUGGUGAUGUGUGUUCGUCAGGGAGAGAGCGGACGCCUACAGUCUCUUCUCCCCGACGCCUGCAGCGCCAUACCACGACCCAGCACUGUUAGAGCCUGCAGCCUGGAGCCUUGUAGAGCUCCACCUCCUAAGCCAGACCCCAGCCUCCUGUCCCAGCAGAGUAAGGUGUACAUCCAGUGGCAUAGGGGGCGCUCUAACAAGCUUCACUUCCUCAUGGGGGGCUACGCCUACCUGCUGCCCUGGACCUCCGUGGUACUGCGCUGUCCCACACGCCGCCUACGCAAGGCCCACAUACGCUGGCUGAAGGACGGGCGACCCCUGGUGGCCACAAUCGAUAUGACAUCCAUCAGCAACUUCCAGUCAUCCGUAACUGAGGACGACGGCCCCAUGGACCCACCAGCUCCAAAAGCCCUUGGACCGGGUUCAUAUCCAUCCACAGGUCCAUCCACUCCUAUAGCCACAGGACCUGGCAGCUCAAAUGCCCUUCGACCAGCCCUACGAGGACCAGGUCCAAAAUCCCCAAGAUCACACCUACAACCAGGACAUGCCCCAAAUGCCCUCAGAUCUGCCCUCAGACCAUCUCCUAAAGCCCCAGGACUGAGUCCAAGAGUCCCAUCCCCUGGCCUAGGCCUGACUCCUGGCCAGGCCUUCAGCCUAGUCUCUCCUGCCGCCAAGCCCCCAGCCCCAGGCCCUAAAGCUCAAGGACCAGCCCUACGACAAAACCCCAAGUCCCCAACCACAGCCCUGAGAUCAGGCAGAGAAACUACCCCAAAAGCCCAAGCAAGCAGCCUUCAGUCCCCCGUCCCUCCCCAUCUUGUCGUCUCCCCCCAGGGAUACCUGCGCAUCCAGCACCUGCAGGACUCUGACGCGGGCGUCUACACCUGCGUGGUGGGCGCGGCGCGGGAACAUUUCGCCCUCAAGGUCAUUGGCAAGGGCAAGGACAAGAGCAAGCUGGUGACACCCCUUUGGAAGAAGAAUAAUGGCAAGCAAGGGGUGGUGUCGAAGAAAGUGGAAGAGGGGGAAUUACGGCAGCAGGUGGUGCUACUGAAGGAGAAAGAGGAAGAACUGGAGCUGGAGGAAGAGGAGAACCACAGUAGCAGCAGGGAGCUGAUGGAGGCGAUGGGCCGAUACGACAGCAUCGUACUGAGGCUACUGGAGACCAGGGACCUGGGCAACUCCAGGGACAUGGAGGCAGAGAGUGUUAGAGGUGGUACAGGUGGAGGUGGGGUGGGAGCUGACAGAGGGAGAAGUGGAAGUGAUGGAGGUGGGACUGAGAGGGUACUGGACGUAUAUGAAGAGGGCGGCGGAGGAGGAGGAAGAGGAGGAGGAGGAAGUUCUUCAAUGGUCUUGGUGGCAGACACCAAAGUGUUGGACAAAGCCCUGCUGGACCUCUCGGAUGAGGAGGAAUGGGACAACGGGGAUACCUUGGACAGACAUGGCGGAGAUCACGGUAGGAACAGAGAAGACAGUGAGAGGAGAGAUGGCCGUCACCAGAGGAACUCCUUGGUCCUGAUGCGGUUGCUAGGGACACUCACCCCCAGCAGCAGCACCAAUGGAGAGAACAACGAGCUGCUUCAGGAAGAUCUUCCCGUCCACGAAACCUCCAAGUCUCCUGGUUCUUCCUCCUCCUCUUCUUCAAUCUCUUUAUCUAGAUCCUCCUCCUCGUCCUCUGCUUCUUCUUCCUCCACCUCCACCUCCUCCUCCCCCACUCAGUCCUCCCCGGAUCUUUAUCGCUCCAACACCGUCCUCCUCACUGCCCCACUCACCACCAAAUCUGGUUCUGGCCCACUCCGCAAGCCCACCAUUUACGGCCCGCGUAGCAGAACCUCCAACACCGGUACCAGUGCAAGUGCUGGUUCUAAGAUGGCGUCUGGUACCAGCUCUGGCGUGCAGGGCGCUGGACCCAAUGGUGGUGGUUCUGGUGGUUCUGGGCUCGGACUGGGUGCCGGUGGUGGUGGUGGGAGUCAGCAGCUUGAGGCGGUGGCGUUUGUUGGCGGGCCAGUUCUGGUGUCGAGACGGGCGGUCCGACUGCGGCUGAAGUGCCAGGCACAGGGUAAUCCGGAACCCACCGUCACGUGGGCCAAAGACGGAAAGGAGAUGAAGGCUAACAGCAGAGUAGGCCUUCUGCCAGAUGGAUCCCUUCUGAUCAGAAGACCGGGGGAGGGCGAUGUGGGACUGUACACCUGCACUGCACGCAAUCCCCUGGGAGUCACCUCCCUCUCCUCCAGUCUACAGCUCACAGGUGGGUUGCCUCUGCCCACUAGAGGUGAAGUGGAGAGAUUAGAGCUUCAGUGGGUUGCCUCUGCCUGGUCGAGGUGUUCGGCCCCAUGUGGCGGGGGGGUCCAGAGCCGUCGCGUCUCCUGUCAGGGGGGAGAGCACGAGGAUAGAGGGAGGAGAGCAGGAGGGGGAGGAGGAAGUGAGGAGACUGCCCCUGCCACCGUCACCGAGGGGGGAGAGCAGAGAUGCAGGGGGGCCGGCAAGAGACCCCCCCUCACACAGAGCUGCAACACACAACCCUGCUCUCACUGGGCACACACCGCCUGGGGACCGUGUAAUGGGCACUGUGUGGGGCCUCGCCAGGCUACACAACAUCGCCACGUCUUCUGCCAGGACAGGAACAGCACCAGAGUACCGCACCGCAUGUGUGGAGCCUUCUUGAGGCCCCCAUCCCAGAGGAACUGCUCGAGUGACACCUGUUCCAUGGGGUGGCGCGUGGGUCCCUGGACGCACUGCACAGCCACCUGCGGUCGCCACGGUUUCCAGUCGCGCCACGUGGCCUGUGCCCACCCCCGCACGGGCAAACUGGCACGAGAACUCCACUGCUCAUGGAGACCCAGACCUGCCAGCUGGCAGAGAUGCAACAUACAGGCCUGUGGCAGAGGGGCCGAGUGUCGUGACAGCACGCGCUACUGUGAGAAGGUGCGCCAGCUGGACCUGUGCCCCCUGCCCCAGUUCAGCGCCCGCUGCUGCCAGUCCUGCAGGGGCACCUGAGCCCAGCACAGCACCACCUGGUGGCCAGGAAGUCAAAUGGUCAAGAGAGGAGACUGUAGAGAUAGACGGAUGGUUGGACUGGAUAGAUAGAUAGACAGACGGAGAGACGGAUGGAUAUACAGGUGUAGACAGAGAGAUGGAUAGAUAGGUAGAUAGAUGGAUAGAUAGCUAGUUGGCAGGAUGGAGAAACGCAUGUACAGACAGACGGAGACACCAAUGAUGGGGGGGGCGUCCCACAGUCAGCCACUCCUGAGAUAUGGAUGGACUCAUAUUAGUGGCAUGAUGUAGUGAAUCAGUGAAACCUGUUAACCCCCCGUUAACCCCCCAUCAACCUUUCCAUCUCCCCAAAUAUAUGCACAAGGUAACCACCCCCCUCUUCCCCCACGUGCCCCUGCCACAAUGUAGCCACUUCCUGUACCAAACCCCCUGUCCUCCACAGCACCCCUCCUCGACCUCUUCCUCCUCCUCCUCUUCCUCUUCCUCCUCAUCCUCAUCCUAUUUCUCCUACUCCACCUCUUCCUCCUCCUCCUGUACUGUGGAGCACGUAGGUUAGCGAGCUGUUGAUGGGCACCUGUGCAUGGACACCGUCUUGUCUAAUGGACCCGCUGAAUGGAGAGGCUACUGUGUGGUGUCUUUGUGGUGAAGAUCAUGUGCAGUAAUAGUAACGGUACUACGCAACAAUAUGGACUUUUUUUGGUCUUUAGUCUGACAAUGUGGAUACCUGACAUCUACGCCUAUAUCGAGACAGGUGGAUAUGCACCUGCGUUGCCGGAUCGUUUGGAAAUGGUUGACAUGGAACUGACGAUGAAGGCUUGUAGAUUUCAUUUGGUCUUUUCUGAGUGUUUUGUUUGUUUGUUUUGUUUUGUUUCCUUUGCAUAUGGAGUGUUUGGUGAUGUUCUAGUCCACUAAGUGAUUUCCCCUAAGACACGACAAAAGCCCUUCAAACCUAAAAGUAAAAGGACUGCUUCUGAAAAAAAAAAAAUUGAGAAGGCACUCAAAGCCUAGUAAGGUGUUCAAGUCAGAAAGCAUUACAACUGUACGUGUCAGACAGACCAUCUCUAAACCAAGCCUGCAACAGACGUUAUCCGUCCAAUCAAUUGAAAAUUAUGAUUGGGAAAGAAACCUUGAAGCUGUUGUAGCUGAAUAUGUUUAAUUCCUUUGUGAAACGCUACUUGUUGAUGCUAACUGGCCUAGCUAGAAUUUGAUGUGCCAUGUCUUUGUGAGGUGAGCUGCCUUCCAUGAGAAAGUCCCACUUCUAGGUCAUCGUCAUGACAUCACAUUAUGACAUCAGCUAGCAUCACCAUCAGAGACUCGUGUGCAGAGUGCAGUCAUCCCUGUAGGCUGACAACUGGCCACUGAGUAAUAUAACAAAAGUUUCAAAUAUUUCAUCAGUCAAAAUGCCACGUGUGUGUGUGUGUGUGUGUGUGUGUGUGUGUGUGU